UUGAAGGCGUUAUGACUAGAACACAAAUUUAUAGUGUUAAAUUAUCUAGUACGGGAUUUCCUUUAAUCUCUGGAAAAUAUAUUUGUCUUCCUCCCCCUUUUGUUCCAUAUUAUCUUCGUUUUGAAACGGAUGAAAUUAGUUCUAUAUAUUAUGAAAGCGUAUUAAAGCAUAAUUUUCCUCCAAAGGGUGCAAAGUUUAUUAGGGAUAAAUGUUAUGAAGUUCCAUUGGAUAUUAAUUUUAAUUCUACUACAAAAGUUGAUAUUUUAAUUCAUACAGCUGGUUCGUUCUCUUAUAAAAUAGAAUAUUCUCAAUUGCCACCUUGGGAGUCAAAAAAAUCUGAUAAUUUUGUUCGAAAAUCCACUGAUGAAUUUUGUUUUACUGUAUCGCCUGUAUUAAAGAUUAAUGAUGUAUGCAUUCCUUUGAAUUCUCUUGUAAUACAAAGUGUUGUUUCUAAAUGGAUGGGGCCUAUUUCAGAAUGGGAUAAAUUUAUGUUUUAUAUUGGAAAAAAAAAAGGGUAUAAUAUGAUUCAUUUUACACCUUUGCAAUCUUUAGGGAAAAGUAAUAGUCCUUACAGUAUUUAUAAUCAGCUUGAAUUUUCGGAUAAUCUUUUUGAUAUAAAAUUAAUAUCUAAUCAGAAAAAUGAUAUUAUAAAAAAAUAUUUAAGAAAAAUGGAAGCAGAAUGGGGUCUUUUAUCUAUGACAGAUAUUGUUUGGAAUCAUACAUCAUGUGAUUCUAAAUGGUUACAAGACCAUCCUGAAGCUGGGUACAACUUACAUAAUUCUCCGCAUCUUAUUUCUGCAUAUGAAUUAGAUACUUCCCUUCUUGAAUUUUCUGAAAAUCUUGGAAAACUUGGGUAUCCUACUAAUCCUAAUAAUAUUGAUGAUUUAUUAAAAAUUAUCCAUGGAGUUAAAAUUUGUGUAUUAGAAAAAUUAAAAUUAUGGGAAUUUUAUGUUAUAGAUGUUGAAAAAUCUAUAAAGGAUACUUUAGACUCUUAUAAACAAAAAAGAAUUGCUAAAUUGGAUAGCAGAUUUAGUAUUGAUAUUAAUUGGUCAUUAAAAGAAAAAGUUAAUGUCUUUAUUAGUGUUUCUGCAAUAACAAAUUAUAAUGUUCUUGGAGAGAGGUUUUCUAAGCGUCUUAUUCCAGAAAUUGGCGCUGCUAUACUUUGUAAGCUAUUUGGAGAUGAUGUAGAAGAACAAAUAUUGGUAGAAGAAUUAACUAAAAUAUUGGAUGAAUUUAAUUUAGAAUACUAUACUGAAUAUAAUUCUGAUAAAGAAAUAAUUAUUGAUCAAAUAUAUAAUCGUUUGAAAUAUUUAAGAUUAGAUGAAAAUGGUCCAAAGCAAGGGGAAAUUUCUCAGAAAAGACCUCUUGUAGAGACUUAUUUUUCUCGUAUUAAGAAAAAUGAUGACUCUUUAUUUCAUCAUGACAGAAAUUUAUGCUUAGUAAACAAUGGAUGGGUUUGGAAUGCAAGCUUUAAUGAUUUUGCUAGUCAGAAAAGUAAAGCUUAUCUUUUGCGUCAAGUAAUUGUUUGGGAAGAUUGCGUUAAAUUAAGAUAUGGAGAAAAGCCAACUGAUAAUCCAUAUUUAUGGGAUCAUAUGACAAAAUAUACUCAGAUUCUUGCAAAAUUAUUUAAUGGAUUUCGUAUAGAUAAUUGUCAUUCUACUCCUUUGCAUGUUGGAGUAUAUCUUUUAGAUAAGGCCAGAGAAGUACGGAGUGAUUUAUAUAUUGCAGCAGAAUUAUUUACAGGAAGUGAAGAAAUGGAUAUCGUUUAUAUGCAGAAAUUGGGUAUAAGCAGUCUUAUUAGGGAGGCAAUGCAAGCAUGGAGUCCUAAUGAAUUAUCGAGUCUUAUAUAUAAGCAUAGUGGUAAGCCAAUAGGUUCUUUGGAUAGUAUUUCUUCGAAAUAUUCUUUUUUGGAAAAAACUGGGAAGGGUGAUAAAACUUCAAAUAUUAUUUAUGUUCAAGGCUCACAGAUUCAUUCUCUAUUUAUGGAUUGUACUCAUGAUAAUGAGAUGCCUUCUCAAAAAAGAAUAGCACAAGAUACUUUGCCAAAUGCUGCUUUGGUCGCAAUGUGUAAUUGUUCUAUAGGGAGUGUUAUGGGCUAUGAUGAAAUUGUUCCUCAUUAUAUUAAUAUAGCUGAGGAAACUCGAAAAUAUUAUUAUUCUCUGGAGAAUACUCUUGGUAUAGGAGAUGUGAAAGCUGUUUUAAAUAGAAUUCAUGUUGAGAUGGGUAAAGAAAGCUUCGAAGAAAUGUAUGUUUAUAAUGAAGGCAAUUAUAUCACAGUGCAUACUGUUAAUCCAAAAAAUUAUCAUGGAUAUUUUUUAUUAGCUCAUACUGCAUUUUUCAGUCAUCAUGAAAAUGAUAAAAUGGAACCUAUUAUAUUAAGAGGAACAAAAGCUGAUGUUAUUUUUUCAUUAUCAUUGACUGUAGACUCAUCCGAAAAUUUAGAGGACCCUAAUUUUAUAAAAGGAUUUUUUUCUACUAUUAUUGAGUUAGAUAGUCCUAUAAUUACUGUGAAAGAAGAUUUAGAAGGAAUUUUUACCUGUGUCGAAACGCCUAAAGAGUUUCCUCCUGGGAGCAUUUUUUUAUUAAAGACUUGGGUUGAAAAUGUUGAUGAAAAAUUAGAUGAUUUUAUUUGUAGUGAUGCUUACAAAGCUAUGGAGAAUCUUGAUUUAAUAGAUUUAAAUGCUGUUAUGUAUAGAUGUAAUCAAGAGGAAUAUGAUACUAUUAAUAAUGGAACUUAUAAUAUUCCAGGCUUUGGAAAUUUGGUUUAUUGUGGAUUUGAAGGAUGGAUGGCUCUUUUUAAGGAAAUUAUUCAAAAUAAUAAUUUAGAUCAUCCUCUUUGUAAACAUCUUCGUCAGGGUCAGUGGGCUUUAGAUUAUGUAGUUCAAAGAUUGUAUAAAAUGGGAAAUAUAUUGAGUCGACUUCAGUUACCUGCAAUUUGGCUUCAGAAACGUUUUUCUAGAAUUAAGAAAGUUCCUAGUUUUCUAUUACCACGUUAUUUUAUUACGAUUGUCUAUUUGGUAUCAAUGGCUGCACGAAAUAGGGCAAUUAGUCUUAUGUCAUUACAUGUUCAAAAUGGGCAUUCUUUUAUUAAAUCUUUAGCACUUUGUUCUGUACAAUUGCAAGGUAUUGUUAAGUCAGCUUCUCUUGAUCCUUUUGUAAAUACUCCAUGUGUUGCUGCUGGCUUGCCACAUUUUUCUUGUGAUUGGAAACGUUGUUGGGGUCGAGAUAUUUUUAUUUCUCUUCGAGGUCUUUUUCUUGUAACAGGAAGGUUUGAUGAUGCAAAAAGACAUAUUCUUGCAUUUGCAUCUGUUUUGAGACAUGGAAUGAUUCCGAAUCUUCUUGAUUCUCUGAAAAGACCACGUUAUAAUUCUCGCGAUUCUGUUUGGUUUUUUUUACAGGCAAUUCAAGAAUAUACUAAAUUAGUUCCUAAUGGUAUACAAAUAUUGUAUGAACGUGUUAAAAGGAGGUUUCCUAUGGAUGAUUCUUAUGUUGAAUUAGAUGAUUAUAGAGCAUAUUCUUAUGAGUCAAGUAUUUUAGAAAUUGUUCAUGAAAUAAUGCAACGGCAUGCUUCAGGUCUUCAUUUCAGAGAAGCAAAUGCUGGAAUGGACUUAGAUAUGCAAAUGACUGACAAAGGUUUUAAUAUUGAUAUUUAUGUUGAUUGGAAAACAGGAUUAAUAUUUGGAGGUUCUCAAUAUAAUUGUGGAACAUGGAUGGAUAAAAUGGGGGAAAGCCUUAGAGCUGGAAAUAAAGGUGUACCUGGGACUCCAAGAGAUGGCGCUGCUAUAGAAAUAUCUGGAAUGCUUAAAAGUACACUAAGAUGGAUAAAUGAACUUCGAAAAAAAAAUAUAUAUCUAUGGGAUUGUGUUGUUAUUCAAGAAAAUGGCUACUCUAAAAAUGUAACUUUUGAAGAAUGGGAAAAAAAAAUUCAGGAGAAUUUUGAAUUUUGCUAUUAUAUACCACUUGAUCCUCAAGAAGAUUUUAAAUAUGAUCUUAAUACUUCAAUGAUUAAUAGGAGAGGGAUUUAUAAAGAUCUUUAUCAUAGUAGUAAAGAAUAUGAGGAUUAUCAACUUAGGCCUAAUUUUGCUGUUGCAAUGGUCGUAGCGCCUGAGCUUUUUGUUCCUGGACAUGCUUUUAAAACUAUUGAAAUAGCAGAUAGUGUAAUUCGUGGACCUAUGGGAAUGUCAACUUUAGAUCCUUCUGAUAAAGAUUAUCAUCCAUAUUAUAUAAAUUUUUAUGAUAGUGAUGAUUUUGCAACAUCUAAAGGUAGAAACUAUCAUCAGGGACCAGAAUGGGUAUGGUGUACUGGAUAUUUUUUGAGGGCAUUUCUUUAUUUUAAUACAUUUUAUUACUAUUCUAUAAAAAAUAAAAUUACAACUUGUUAUUAUAUUCAUGAUCGUUUGGCUAUAUUGAUGAAAAGGAUUCAAGAAAAUCCAUGGGCGGGUUUGGAUGAAUUAACUAAUAAAAGCGGUGAGUUUUGCAUUGAUAGCAAUUAUACUCAAUCAUGGUCUGUAUCUACUAUGUUAGAUCUUUAUGAUGAUAUUUUGAAAUUGCGAUCUUCAUAA